AUGAAGUUUUGGAGAUUAUUUUUAUUCCACAGCGCAGCAGUUUAUGCGGAGUGGAAGUUCAAUCGUUGGCAAAUCACGGAGCCACGGUCCGGCUGGCAGGUCGAUCGUCCCCGACUGAGCCCAGGCCGCCUCCAGACUGACCCGCGGAGGGAUGACGUCGACUUCUCUCUCGGCGAGAACCCCUACUUCUCAGUCUCCAAAGAUGGCGACGUAUAUUUGUCCGCGCCCAUUGAUCGCGAAGAAACUCCUUUUAUCAGUCUGGAGAUUUUUGCAAAAGACAAAUCUGGGAGUGACGUAGAGCCUCCGUCCACGAUUGAGAUUUUUGUCGACGACAUCAACGACAACGCGCCUAUCUUUCCAGAGUCUUCUUACGAAUUCAGCGUCCCAGAAAUGUCUCCAAAAGGAACUCCCGUCGGAAAAGUAGUGGCCGAAGAUGCCGAUGCAAGCGACGGCUAUGGAACUGGGUACGGAGAUAUUGCUUACUUUUUGGACUCGCCCUUCUUCCGCAUUGACAAGUACAACGGAAACAUCUACGUGAAGAAGGAGAAUCUAAACAGAGAAGAAAGCACGGAAUACACCGUCACCGUCACUGCCGUUGACGGCGGCGGGGUCUCCACCACGGGCGCCAAUGAAGCUUCUGUGAAAGUGCUCGUUAAGAUUACGGACAUCAACGACAACGGUCCCAAGUUUUUACCUACUAUAGAUGAAAUCUCCUUUCCAGAAGUACCCGAAGAUCCACAACUUGGAUUCGACGAAUUUUGUUUCAAAGUGGAGGACUUAGACGUGGGAAAGAACGGCGACGUCGAGUUCAGAAUCAACUCGCCUGGCGACAAGUUCUUUUAUAUCAAAGCUAUCAAGGACACCUCGGCACCUGCUGAGAAGACGAUAAUCGAUGCUUGCCUUGCACCAAAAGAGGGAAAAUUAGACUAUGAAACUCAGAAUAUUCAUCAAUUAUCGAUCGUUGCAAAAAACACUCGUCCACUGGUCUCAUCCGCCGCUAAAGCCGGCAUCAUCCCUUCGGACAGCAUCAAUUUUACUGUGAAAGUGCUUAACGUUAAUGAACCACCGCAAUUCGAGGAAGACCUUUCAAUAUUUGAAAUUUCGGAGAACGCAGAUCCAGGGACUCGUCUAUGUCUUCGAAAUGACGAUAAAGCCGGCUGCAAAAGUGUUCUCAAAGCGGUUGAUCCAGAAGGCGAUGCUUUCGAGUACAAAAUCGACCCGGAAGCAAUCCGAAACAACUUUCCAUUCAACAUUGACGCAACUUCUGGACAGUUAACUCUCCAGUCAACGGUUGACCGCGAGUCCAAGUCCACCUGGGAGUUCGACGUUUUAGCCGUCAACACUGUUGAUUUCGACGCUCUCACGGGACGAACACGAGUGCGAGUGCUAAUCAAAGAUGUGGACGACAUGCCACCGAACCCACAGGAUAGUGUGAUCUACUUUUGUCCUGGUGCAAGUCUCUCGCAGUGGCCGAUAACCUUCACCGACCCGGAUGAGUCCACAGACAACUCUAUUACCGCACAAUUUGACGAUGAACAAGAGUCUUCCUUUAUUAAAGACAUGCUCAAGAAGAUGUCGCUCAACACCGACGGGAAUACACUCCAGCUCAAAAGCGAUGAAAGUCCAGAUGCCCAACUUCCAUUCAACCUGAAAAUCAAAUUCGCUGACGUCAAGAAAAACACGAAGUCGAUGUACUUCCAAGUCAAGUCUUGCCCAAGCUGCCAAAGUGAGAACGGCACUUGCAUCGACGAGAAGAAACUCAUCGCCCCAGCAAGUGUUCAGCCACAGCUUUGGCUUGCGAUUCUUUUGGCUAUUUGUUGCUCGCUUUUCGCUCUCAUCUCUUUCUUGAUCUGGAACCACAACAAGUCCCGAAAGCUCGGUUCUGAAGUGGCCUAUCUUCCUUCGAAUAUCGAUGAUGUCCGCGAAAACGUGGUCAUGUACGACAACGAAGCUGGAGAAGCGCCAUGCACUGACUCUCAAAUUGGGUAUCAAACAGUCCCCCUAAACAAAGCCUCUCGUGAUCCAGCAAUCCAAGAUUCAAGACUUUGCCACACAAUCGAUCAUCGCUUGAAGAACGCUUCUUCUACUGAAAAUUUUACUGGCGCUCCUUGGGACUCACGUCUUCUCUACAAAUACGAAGGAUCAAACUCGGUGCUCAAUUCGCUCAGUUCACUCAACUCGCAUCUCACCGAGCGCUCGCUUGAUCUAAGGAACUUCGCCGAAGGAAACAAAUUCGGUUUGGUCCGCCAGCUCUUCCACUCUUCCGUGCCUGGAAGUCUUCAUCGAAACGUGACGAUCGAAAUGGACUCCAACGAGAACUACCACGCCAUGCUCCACUAG